CCUCGCGAGGGAAAUGGGGACCAAUUAAUCAUUCAGGAUAGACUUCCAGAAAUUCCAAAACGAGUAAAACUGCUCUGGCUCAAGAUAAGAGAACUGGGAAUGGCAAUUCAACUGACCCUGCAGCUCCAGGGUUCCUCUCUGAAGUGCGAGCAUGACAAAGAGCCCAAGUUACCAGUCUUCACCAACUCUCGACGUUUGAAAAGAAUUAGAGUGAAUGCAGUUUCCGGGAAGGCUCUGCAGCUGAUACAGUCAGGCGAAGUGCGUCCCAUAUUGCCAAAAGAUGCUGCCGCGGUCAUAGAGUCGGAAGGCUAUGCAUUGCUGGACGUUAGGCCGGAGUGGGAGAGACAGAAGGCACGCGUUGCAGGGUCAGUUCAUGUGCCGUUGUUUGUCAAGGACAUGGACAACAGCCCUAUAACUCUCCUCAAGAAGUGGGUACAUUUUGGCUACAUCGGACUCUGGACCGGCCAAGACUUGACCAUGAUUAAUCCCGACUUUGUCAAGCAAGUGGAGAGAGAACUUCCUGAUAAGGAUGCCAAGAUUAUCUUAGCAUGUGGAGAAGGUCUAAGGUCUAUGAUGGCCGCUUCAAGAUUACAUGGAGAAGGAUACAAGAACUUGGCAUGGUUGGCGGGGGGAUUUAGUCGUGCCGCAGAUAAUGAUUUCUCGGCAGUUGAAGGAACUGAGAAGCUGCAAUUUGCUACGAUAGGGGGUGUCUCGUACUACUUUCUUAAAUUACUUAUUCUAUUACAAGCUGUGGGAAAAGAAAGUUAAUCCAACAGGCUUCAAAUCCUUGUCUGUAAUUCUAUAUAUAUAUUUUUUUUGGCUCAUUGAGUGAUGACAUUGUAGCUCAAACUGCAGUCCCUUUAACCUUCCUUUGUCAAUUACUCCAUGACUGGAGCUUAAAUGGAAUAAGCUCGGGGUUUUACCAA